AUGCUUCAGCAGUUGAAGCCGACACUGCUCACUGUAGUGUUUGCGCUCUUGUCGCUUUUCUCCCUGUCACUGUUUUUCUCUUCAGAGCCGUACGGUGGCAGUGGUGUUGCAGCGCAGGACAAGCGCAGCGAACUUGGCUAUGUUAUCGGUAUUGAUCUUGGAACUACCUACUCUUGUGUCGGUGUGCAGCGUCAGGGCCGCGUCGAAAUUAUUGCGAACGACCAGGGUAACCGUAUCACACCCUCUUAUGUUGCAUUUACGAACGAUGGUGAGCGCCUGAUCGGUGACGCCGCCAAGAACCAAGCCGCCCAAAACCCUGAAAACACCGUGUUUGACGCCAAGCGUCUCAUCGGCCGCAAGUGGGGCGAGUCUGAUGUCAUGAAAGACGUCAAGCUUUUCCCUUUCAAGAUGAUUGACCGCAGCGGCAAGCCAGCUAUUCAGGUGUCCGUGAAGGGCGAAAACAAGGUGUUCACCCCCGAGGAAGUCAGCGCCAUGAUCCUUCAAAAGAUGCGCGAGAUUGCCGAGGCCUACCUUGGCCAGAAGGUGAGCAACGCCGUUGUUACUGUCCCUGCCUACUUUAACGAUGCGCAACGCACCGCCACCAAGGACUCGGGCACGAUCGCUGGCCUGAAUGUGCUUCGCAUUGUGAAUGAACCGACUGCGGCUGCGAUUGCCUACGGUCUUGACAAGAAGGACGGUGAGUCGCAGAUCGUUGUGUACGACCUUGGUGGUGGUACAUUCGAUGUAUCUCUUCUAUCGAUUGACAAUGGCGUGUUUGAAGUGCUGGCCACUGCCGGUGACACCCAUCUUGGUGGCGAGGACUUUGACAACCGCGUUUCCGAGUAUCUCUUGAAACAGUUUAAGAAGAAGACCAACACGGACGCCUCGAAGAGCAAGCGCAGUGUUGGCAAGCUCAAGCGCGAGGUCGAGCGUGCGAAGCGCACUCUUUCGAGCCAGAUGAGCACCAAGGUCGAGGUCGAGAGCUUCUUUGAUGGACAGGAUCUUUCCGAGACGCUCACGCGCGCCAAAUUUGAGGAGCUCAACAUCGACCUUUUCCGCCGCACACUCAAGCCUGUUGAGCAGGUGCUCAAGGACGCUGGCGUGAAGAAGGACGAGAUCGAUGACAUUGUUCUGGUUGGUGGUUCGACGCGUAUCCCCAAGGUGCAGCAGAUGCUCACCGACUUUUUCAACGGCAAGCAGCCUUCCAAGAGUAUCAACCCCGACGAGGCCGUUGCUUGGGGCGCUGCCGUUCAGGGCGGUGUUCUCUCUGGCGAUGAGUCGCUUGGCGGUGUUGUGCUAAUUGAUGUGAACCCGCUCACACUCGGUAUUGAGACCACUGGCGGUGUGAUGACCAAGCUUAUCCCCCGCAACACUGUCGUGCCUACGAAAAAGAGCCAGGUCUUUAGCACUGCCGCGGAUAACCAGAACACGGUUUUGAUCCAGGUGUUUGAGGGCGAGCGUUCCAUGACACGCGAUAACAACUUGCUCGGCAAGUUUGAACUGUCCAACAUUCCUCCCGCACCGCGCGGUGUGCCGCAGAUCGAGGUCACCUUUGAGAUUGAUGCCAAUGGUAUCAUGAAGGUGUCUGCAGCUGACAAGGGCACGGGCCGUAGCGAAUCGAUCACCAUUACCAACGACAAGGGCCGCCUCUCGAAGGAGGAGAUCGACCGCAUGGUGCAGGAAGCGGAGGAGUUUGCCGAUCAGGACGAGAUGGUCCGUAAGCGUGUUGAGGCGCUCAACAGCUACCAAAACUUUAUCGCCACGCUCCGCAACCAAAUCUCCGACAAGGAAGGCCUUGGUAGCAAGCUCGACCAAACGGACAAGGACACGAUCCAACAGCACCUCAAGGAGGCUGACAAGUGGCUCGAGGAGAAUGGCGAGAAGGCCGAGGCGCAGGACAUCGAAGAGCAGCUCUCGGAACUUCAGUCUGUUAUCACCCCCAUCACGGCCAAAGUGUACAACACGGGCGCUGGUGGUGACGAGCCGCUCAACUACCAUGACGAGCUCUGA